GUCUGGAGCAAACAAACAUCUGCGACCAACAGUUCCGAGUUAAGUCACCUGUCACUCGCCUUUAAGGCACCUGGAAACUAUAUUACCUAUCGUCGCAUCCAUGGCACACUACAGAGCCUCGGAAUCGAAGCGAGAACAAUUUAGAAGAUAUCUUGAAAAAUCGGGAGUCCUUGACACGAUAACAAGCGUUUUAGUGGCACUUUAUGAAGAUACGGACAAACCCGAUAAUGCCCUGGAUUUCAUAAAGCUUCACCUCGGAGCGGCUGGUCCAGAGCCAGCAGACGCUGAGGCUCUUCGCAUGGAGCUGGCUGACCUUCAACAGAAAUACAACCUGCUCAUGGAGGAGAACAAAGAGCUGAGAAACAGACUGAUGCAGUACGAACCGUCGCCUGAGGAGGGAGCAGCGGAGUAGAAAAGAGGGUUUUGUCAGAGCUUUCUGGGAUUAAAAAAAGGAAAACAGUUAACCAAUAGCAUUUUAUGAAGAAUAGGUAAAUGUUUAUUAAAUCGAGGUUCAGUACACACUGAAUCACUUAUUUUUUAUAGAACAAGAAACAACUUUUGCUUUGUCAUACAUUAAAAAAAAGUUUUUCAGCA